AUGUUCUCUCCACGUUCAAUCGCCCUAGGGGCCCUCAGCCUCAUGUUCAUGGGCAGCACAUGCUCUGCAAUGCAAGUCCCCGAAAGUCUACUCCUGAACAGCGUUGCCCAAUCACUCGCACUGCCAAUAUACACUUGGUCUGCCAACGGCACCCACAACGCAAAGGGAUACACCACCGAAAAAGCCGAUGUCGCAGACGUGCAGGGUCUGUUUGAAGACUGCGAAAAUAUCAAUUUGAAUCGGAAGUUGGCUACCAACUUCCGCAGUGACGUUUUCGGACCUGGUGUUAUUGGGUUCUUCUACAAGUGCGAGAAAAUCAGUCAUGAUACCAAUAUGUACUGGUUCACUAUUAGCUCUGGAAACCAGUCCCAGAUUGAUCAGCUCUGUGACCCGAAUCAGAAGUAUCCGAUUGUUUAUGAUAAGCAGCAUGAUACUUGGUUUAUCGAUGAGCCGUUUGAUUGCACUCAACGGACUUCACCUUCUAUCUUGUCUUAA